ACGUAGAUCGACUGUUGAGAAGCUUUGUUUUGGCAUAAGAAGCUAGCAAGCUAUUGACUGCAAUGUUAACAAACUCACCGGCCAACUAGCUAACGUUAAAAUAGCCACAGUUUUCGGUUAAUUUUUUAAAUAUUUUUUUAGCUGCAUUGGGAAUGAAAAAAAUAUCGUACUGUAUGAAGAUAGUCAGAAACUGCUUAGCCAAUAGAAAUCACGGUUGUAGGCGAUGAUUGCCAGCUGCUCAUGCGCAGUUUACGUCAUCGUGUCUAACGGUCGUCUCGUGCCGAAUUUCCAAGUGCAGGCCGUCAAAUUGAAGGCACACCUUCGAUAUAGUGUUUUUUUUUUUACGAAAUGGAAAACUUGUCAGUUUGUCACUUUCAGGAAGGUGGAGUAAUCACAUGUUCAAAUUCUUAAAACAUUGUCUCGAAUAUAGGUUCCUGUAGAUUUUGAGAAAAUGACCAACUAAGGAAUUAUUUUUUACUUCUCACAUUGAUUUCUUAACUCUCCAAACCCCGGCCUGGUCUGUUUGGUCUGUUUCGCAAGCGUUCCCGGAAGUCUCGCGAUGUUGCGACUCUGUUUUUAGAAACUCUGGAUUUAGUUUUUACCGUUGUGUUACUUUACUUACUGUUCAUCUAUCAUAACUGGUAACAUAUCUAUAUUCUGUUUGGAGAAACAGUAGCUGCUGUGCUGGUGGUAGCUUGCUAUGCAGCCAACCAACCAACAUUAUUAAUGUUGCAUUAGCUAAACAUAGAGGCUGUGCUAGUUAGCCAGCUAACUAGUUAGCCUUCACAGAUUCUGCAACGUUUGUUGUGAUUCCUAGUGAGUUGACGGACUAACAGCUCAGUUAACUAAUAGACGCACGCACUUUUGUUGCGAUGUUGGUUGCUAGCUUCAACAAGUCAUUCAACCAAAUAGGUUUAUAUAAUCUAUUUAGGUUUAUGACGACUUCAUGAAUGGAAACUGAUGAAACCGAGAUGAUAAUUCUCACCCCAACCCUAAUAGGACAUCUCACUUAAAAGCUAAUUUUGGGGAUCUCUCAAGGUGUAAUCCAUGCUGUCAGAUGAGCUUGACUCCAAACCUGAGCUGCUGGUUCAGUUUGUCCAGAACGCAUCCAUACCUCUGGGGCAGGGUCUGGAGGACUCGGAGCCCAAACACAUCUGCCUUCCCCUGCUGGCUCCCGCAGACAGCUCCCUGUGCACACGGCUGGGUCUGACAGAGGGUAGUCUCAGCCAUGUGUCAGCAAGGUCUCCAUCCCGUUCAGAGUUUGGGGGUGCAGAGCGGAGCCCCAUGGUGGUGCACCACCACCCCCGCAGCCCUCACAUGCCCCCCAGCCCCCCUCCCGUCCUCCAUGACCUGCAACGGUCAGAGAGCACCUCCUAUGUCCUUCUGAACCUCGCCAAAGGUCUAGCAGCCUCCUCUGAGCCCCUAAUCUUCUCAGCAGAUGGUGCAGAGGAAGAGGAAGAAGAGGUGAUCUCGUCCGGGGAUUGUGGCGUGGAUGGCACUGCCCCCUGGUACCUGAGGGUACAGGAGCUGGCGCACGACAGCCUCAUCGCAGCCACGCGGGCACAGCUGGCUAAAGAUGCCAAGGCUAGCCAGGACGCUAGGGCUGGGAAUGGCACCAACAGUGACCACCUGCCCAGCUUCCUAUCGGAGGGGGCGAAGAGAGAACAGCCGGCGAGGCCCAAUCGUACACUGUCGUCUAAACAGAUCCUCCGCUGCUCCUUUGAGGGCUGCUACAGAACCUUCACCUGGCCUGCUCACCUCAAAUACCACCUCAAAACACACAGGAACGACCGCACGUUCCGGUGUGGGGCAGAGGGCUGUGGGAAGAGUUUCUACGUGCUGCAGCGUCUGCAGGUCCACAUGAGAACUCACAAUGGCGACAAGCCCUUCAUCUGCAAAGAGAAAAACUGUGGCAAGAAGUUCACCACCGCAGGAAACCUCAAGAACCACAAACGCACACACACAGGGGAGAAGCCCUUCUUGUGUGAAGCAGAUGGUUGUGGUCGGUCCUUCGCUGAGUACUCCAGUCUACGCAAACACAUGCUCGUACACUCAGGAGAAAAGCCCCACCAGUGUGGGAUCUGUGGGAAGACGUUCUCUCAGAGCGGUAGCAGGAAUGUUCACAUGAGGAAGAGACAUGGAGAGGAGGCUCAGGGGAACGAGGGCAGAGAAACGGGAGAGGCUUUGACACACAGCAGUUUACUGGAGGCCGACGGGUCGCCCGUCGACACCAUGGUCACCAUGACUACAGGGGUUGAUCCAAUUAACGUCCACCAUGCCAUGCUGCGAGCCCAAGGCUCGGCAGACUCGGUGGUUGUUCUCUCUCAACCCCAUGACCUGGUCACCAUGACAACAGCAAGCCACACAUACCCAGAGGAUGUGGUGGCCCUAUUGUAGUCAAGUCUGUUGGGCAAAUCUCAGGCAUUUGAGGCAAAGCUCUCUGUACAUAGAUGCAUCCUUCACUUUUAGCCCUGUAGAUAUCUGUAAUUAGCUACUAAGGGUUUUAUUUUGAGAAAGACAGUAUGAAAUGUUCUAGAACUUGUACAAAGAUGUUUUCUGUAGUUUAUAAAUACAAAUAACUAUCAGGUGACUUCCAAAGAAAUAAGACAGAUAUACAAAUCGUGAGUUUUAUUAAAAGAAAGUACAUGUUGCUACCUGGAUUUGUCAUUGUGAAACGUACUAAAUCAACUGUGUAAGCUCAACAUGCAGUGUUUGGUAAAACAAUAUUAAGGCUGUUGCUUUUAGUUUAAUUCACAAAUGAAUAAAGUCGAUAGCUGACGUAAGACUAUUUGAAAAGGACAUUAAAUGUGCUCCACAGCAAUGUGCUCCGUCCUCCAUCAUUAGUAGAAAGGAAACGUUGAAAUCAGUUCCAAACUCCCAAGCUGCUAUUGGAACUAAAGCACAGUAAGAUUUGAUGCACAGAGGGCUGCAUGUAGAACAAUUGAACACACUUUUUUUGCAAAGCACACACUCAUACCAGUUUAUUUUUUUAAUGAAAAUAAAGAUCACACCCAAGUGAUAUUAAACAGACGGUCAAAAUAUCCACCUUUUAUACAGUAACACAACUAAGUGGCGUUUCAGUCAGCGACAGCCCCCAGUGCUUUAAUAGAGAUGUAAAUAAUAUGAGACCACUGUGCUAUAGCAACCAAUCACAUGAAAACAACAGACCUACUGAACUAUAGGACCAACCAUUUAGGUGUUGGGUAACAAAAAUAGUUGUAACAAUUGUAAUGUUAUCUCAGAAAUGUCAAAUCUUGAUAGUCAAAUAGUAAGUCAAAGAUGCAAGGCAUAUUUUUAAGACAUUAGAAUUCACAAUAAGGCAGGGUCAAAGGCUGUUUAAAACAACAAUAGUUCCUCAGUCCAUUUAUUUUUGAGCACCAUCUAAUCCAGUGGUUUUCCCCUCCUGCCCACCCAGACCCGUGGCUCCUUGUCUAUCUGUGGAUCUUUAGGUUCUGGAAGUGGUUGAACGUGGCACCUAAAGCCCAGCUUGUCUCCACGUUGUUGACUUUCUUAGUCAGCUAGGGAAGAGAGACAACCCACACCAAAUCACUCAACAUGUCUUUUUGUAUUUAUUUAAAUAAAUAAAACAUUUGAACUGA